ACUCGCUUCAUUAUCAACGAAAGAAAAGAAAGAAAUGCUGAGUUCCAUUCUACUUCAAAUAAAAAGAAACGUCUCUUUUGGGAAGAUGUCGCUAGGAAGCUGAACGAGCAGGAGAAUACAAAUUAUUUCACUGGUGAGGACUGUCAAAAGAAGUUCAAUACUCUCACGAAUGCUUUUAAAACGGCAGAAAAGUAUAGAAAAGGAACUGGGACAAAAAAGAGCUUAGUUGGGGAAGAGAUUUAUAAUGAGCUUUCCACUAAAUUUCUUUUUUCCUCGAAACUUCUCGGAAAAAACAUAAGGUUGAGUAGAUCAAGUUCUGAGGCAUCAGUCCCGAGAAAUGAUCAAUCGUCCCAGCAAUCAUCUCAGGAAAUUUCUCCACAAGCUGGAACUCCCUCUCGCGAAACACCGGUGGUUACAAAACCCAUCACUUCAUCUGUUGAAACAGUAGCGGUAUCUACAACGCCAUCAACCGCCGAAUCCCCUACUAUAUCUAGGCCAGUCACACCUACGAUUCCCUCAUUUUCCCAAAGUGCGAACGUUAUAAAUGUCACUAUCAACUAUGGUGGUAGUUCAGAAGAACAAUAA